AUGCAGAAUCUUAUUCAAGCAGUGGGUAUUGUUCUUGGCUUGGCUGUCAGUGUCAUCCUGACAUGUGCUCAUGUCGCCCUACAGACAAUUACCAGCGAUAUUGGAAGUGAAAAUUACACCUUUUAUCGUCUCAACAGAGAAGGAUACAUACGAGUUGAGCUGCACACUAUUCAUGGUGAUGCUGAUUUGUUUGUGUCAGAUAAAACACUACGACCCUCCUAUGAUGAUUUUGAGCUACAGUCUGUGACAUGUGGAAGAGAUGUUGUGGAUAUUCCCAGCUCGUUUAAACGUCCCGUUGGGGUGUCUGUUUAUGGACAUCCUUCGUAUGACAAUUCGUCAUUUGUGCUAACAAUCUACCAUAUUGCAGAGAAAGAGGAUGAUACAUACUCUGCAUUAAUUGAUGAUGACAAUUAUUAUGCCAAAUCAGAAAAUAUGCAGCAGUCAACCAAACCGUCUUCAUCUUUUGGUGAUGGUGACGCAGAUUCUGAGGAAUCGCCUUUCUGGACUUUACUUAUCAGUAUUCUAAAAAUAAUUUUAGAAAUUUUGUUUUAG